GUCGGCAGUCCGUGCGAGACGAGCCUACCCAGCGUGCAACGGGCGCGCCGCGCAGCGCCGCGGCUGUGUUGUGUCCUUGUGGAAUAAACAUUCACUCCAGCAACGAGACGGGACGGGCGUAACCCCCCGUGUAUGUCGCUCAAAUUUUAUUUUCCGCCCGCCGCCCGGAAAAGUGUGUGAGAGCGAGUGCGUGCGCGGGCGCGGGGCGACAAGUGCGAGAACGUCGCGGUGCUAGUGCUCCGGGGCCGCCCAGCGGCGAAGAAAAGUUGUCGAGUGAUCGUGUACGAAACUAGUUGGGUCUGGGCCGGCUGGCUGCUGCUGACGUAGGGAUGUGGAAAGUUUGGUGUGUUUGCGGCUUUUCCGCGACUUUUCCGUGAGCCGGGUUGGCGAGUGCGGUGCCCCGCCGGCACGGCGCGCAGUGGAGUGGUGGAAAGUGUUCUGUGAAGUGGUUAGGCCGAACCGAGAGCCGUGAUUUCGGUUUGUGAACCAAGCCUACUCGGUACUCCUCCAGACGUCCCGACUCUUCCCGCCGCCUAUUUCACCUGUUUUGGAUUUUAUAAAUUACUGUGCAUCUGCAACGGAUAACUUGGAUACGUUCGUCUUUGCUGUUGAUCAUUUCUGCCGGUUUUUAACAUGAAUUUAGGGUUGACAGGCGGCGCCGAGGGGCGUCGCAAAGGGCGCCACGGGUCCCAGCCCCGCGCCCAGCCCGGACCAUGCAGCUGAGCGCACAGGUGCGCCAGAAGGUGCAGCGAGCUGUUGGAGGUGCACCUAAGUGAUAGAGGAGAGGAAUCAUGCAGCUGGCUGCAAACCCCCAGCUGGUGGACCAGUGCUUGCUGGUGAACCGGCGCGUGGAACAACGGCAGGAGCACAGCAUCACGCGCACCGAGAUAACUCAGCAGAGGAGAGUGCUCCAGGAGGCAGCACCUGAUAUGCCGCAGUACACCUCUGGCCAGUCUGAAUUGGUUCCCCCGACAAACGGGCAUGUGACGGGCCCCGACGGGUCGCUCCCAAUGUCCGUGCCAGCGGACGCGACGCUCGUCUCGCGCACGCAGAAGCAGCAGACGACGCAGCAAGUGACGACGGUGACCAAGGUGGUGCGUGAGGUCCACGCUGUAGGUCCGGACGGCCAGCCCGUGGACUAUGUGCCGAUGCCUGCCGGGUACGCUUACCACAUGGCGGGCCAGGAGCCCUACCCCACGGCCGACGCGGACUACCUCCGCAAAGGAGCGCCGUUCCCCCAGUCCGGCUACGACGAGCUGGACACGACGCUGCUGCCGCCCCGCGCCGACCACUACCGGAUAACGCCCUCCCCCGGGGCGCCCGGGGACCGCUACGAUCCAAUGACGAACCCUUGGAUUGAUGAUUCCGGAGAACCCUCCCAAAUGCCACAUGGUGAUGACCCCAAGUCUGUGUACGGCUACGCGCCCUCCCCGUACGGCUCGUCGUCCACGAACACGCACGCCGGUGCGCUGAUGGGGGGUUUGUACGGCACAAACGGCCAGGAUAGGUACGAGGACGACCAUGACCACGACCAUGUCCACGGCCACGGCCAUGACCUGGGCCACGACCAUGACCCCCCGGGGGAGGAGGAGCUCCGGCGGCGGUUAUCCCUCCACAACACGCCGGCUCCCGACACGCCCUCCCUGGAUGAUGACUCUCGGGGAAUGAGGUGGAGAGAUCCAAAUCUACCAGAAGUCAUAGGAUUUUUAUCAAACACCAACAAUGUUAUCAAGGCAAAUGCAGCUGCGUAUCUUCAGCACCUCUGCUAUAUGGACGAUCCAAACAAGCAGAAGACAAGGGCUCUUGGUGGCAUCCCACCUCUUGUUAAAUUGUUAAGUAAUGAAAGUCCAGAUGUGUACCGUAAUGCAUGUGGUGCUCUAAGAAACCUUUCAUAUGGACGUCAAAAUGAUGAGAACAAGCGUGCCAUUAAAGCUGCUGGUGGUAUUACUGGGUUAAUGGGCUUAUUGCGCAAAUCCCCUGAUGCUGAUGUGAAAGAACUGGUCACCGGAGUCCUGUGGAACUUAUCUUCUUGUGAGGAUUUGAAACGAGCCAUAAUUGAUGAUGGUCUCGCAAUGGUGGUAACUCAUAUAAUCCUUCCUCACUCGGGCUGGGAUCCUAAUGCUCCUGGGGAGACGUGUUGGUCAACAGUUUUCCGAAAUGCCUCAGGAGUUUUAAGAAAUGUGAGCUCAGCUGGAGAAUAUGCCCGACGAAAACUCAGAGAAUGUGAUAACUUGGUAGAUGCCCUGCUAUAUGUUGUUCGCUCUGCAAUCGACAAAGCUAAUAUGGGAAACAAAAGUGUUGAAAACUGUGUUUGCAUACUUCGUAAUUUGUCAUAUCGCUGUCAAGAGGUUGAAGAUCCAAACUAUGACAAAAAUCCCCUACCUCAACAAAGUCGUCUUGGGGCUCAACCAAAAGCUUACUCUCUAUGCCAAGGUGAAAAUUUGGGCUGCUUUGGUGCCAGCAAGAAAAAGAAAGAUGGUACCACAGGAGGGCUUGCGGGUAAUCAGAAAGAAGCAGCAAGUAGCAGUAGAAGCACCUCCAGAAAUGAACCCAUCAAGGGGAUGGAACUCUUGUGGCAACCUGAGGUUGUACAGGCAUACCUAGCUUUACUACAGAGUUGUUCAAACCCUGAAACAUUAGAGGCUGCUGCAGGAGCCAUACAAAAUUUAGCUGCUUGUUACUGGCAACCUAGUAUCGAAAUUAGAGCAGCAGUGCGGAAAGAAAAGGGUUUGCCUAUCUUAGUAGAGCUCCUCCGAAUGGAAGUUGAUAGGGUUGUGUGUGCUGUGGCAACAGCUCUUCGGAAUCUUGCCAUUGACCAACGCAACAAAGAAUUAAUUGGUAAAUAUGCCAUGAGAGACUUAGUUCAAAAGCUUCCAUCUGGUAAUCCUCAGCAUGAUCAGGGGACAUCAGAUGAUACUAUAGCUGCAGUUCUAGCCACCUUAAAUGAAGUCAUCAAAAAGAAUGCUGAGUUUUCAAGGUCAUUACUGGAAGCUGGAGGUGUUGAACGACUUAUGAAUAUAACUCGUCAACGCCAAAAAUACACUGCUCGAGUACUUAAGUUUGCUGGCCAGGUGUUGUUCACCAUGUGGCAGCAUCAAGAGUUACGAGAGGUUUACAAGAAACAUGGAUGGAAGGAACAAGACUUUGUGACAAAGACGGUAGCAGCAAGGAAUGCUGCCGGCCCCAACUCGCCCAAUAAUGCAAAUAGUACUCUAAAUCGCCCAAUGGCCAGUCAAGGUGGAACUCGCUAUGAAGAUAGAACUAUUCAGCGUCCUACUGCUGGCCAGAAUAAUUCAGCUGGUGCAGCAGGAGGAGCUGCUGCAGGAGCUGGUGGGCGCAGUCAUAGUGCUGGUGCAUAUUCAAGGGAGGAUAUUCCAAUGUCAGACAUGGCUUAUCAGGAUGGUGGAUCACAUGCUCCUCCUGUUGGUGGUGUUCGGAUAUAUCCCCCAGCGCCGGGUGCCAAGCCUGGAGAACCUCUCUAUGCUCAGGUUAAUAGAGAGAAAAAGAAGAACCGGCAGUACGAAGGUGGAGCUGCCCCAGGCCCUGGAGAUGUGUGGGGUUAUGAGGACCAGCCCAAAGGUGUGGCACCUUCACUAGAUGGAUCAGGAGCCGCGCCCGGUGGUGACUCUUGGGUGUGAGUGCUCAGCGAAUGUGCUGAGAGAGAAAUCACUGCCGCUCCCUUUUCCCCAAUCUAAUAAAUCCCUUUCCCUAUUUCCUAAUUCAAAGUGGAUAAACCUAUCAACAUUCCCAAGCAGUUGUGUGUUGAAAAUGUUGCUUUUUAAAUACCAAGCUCAAAAUUUUGAGAGGCAAUUUUGUCUGGAUUCAACUCUUUAUAUUAAUUCCUAGAGAUAUUGUACAUGAUGAUGUGCAAGUUGUAGUCAAUUUAUAUGUCAUGCAGAUUUUUUGAGGUGAGUGCUGUCUACUAUACCCAUUACCUACAAUGUUUAGUUUGCGUGAGUAAAGAAAGUUUAGAGCAAAUGCCCUAAUUUGGACUACUAUUUCAAUUCUGUAAUAAGUAUCAAAUAUAAAUCAUGUUACUAUUUUCAUUGUAAUGAAAGUUAUUGUGGCUCAGUUGUUAUGUCUCCUUUUAACAAUUUUGGUGAGCAUUAUGAUCUCAUGCACACUAAUUAGUAUCACAUUGGCUGAAAGUGAAGUGUGAAAGAAAGGGAGUAUCUGUGAUCACAAGUAUUUGCACCUUUCUUUUUUCUUUUCUUUUUCAAAUAGCUGGGGUGGGCUUUGUAGUUAGGCUCAUGCAAUGACUUGCACCGGUAUCCUUUAAGUCUAAAGGCCUCAUAAUUAAGUCAAAAUUUUGUAGCAUGUGUAACUGUGAAACUGCUCAGACCCUUUUUACUUAGCUGUUUUAUAUGACACUGUGCUCAUACGUACCUAUCAAAUAAAUUGAAUGUAAGUAUGUACAGUUACAGUUUGCAUGAAAGUUAUGAAUGAUCCCUGCAAGGUUGUACACCAUUUCCCUGUAGAAUCUAGUUGAGGGAGCUCUUCACUGUGCUGCUUUGGACUGUGGUGGUACAGAAAUAGCCAUGUUAUGUGUUGAUUGUGUAAACGAUUAAGAAGUAUUAUAUUCACUUAUUGGAUACUGGCCAAGCUAACUCAUGUAUAUAAGAACAUCAAAACUAUGUGCCAGCACUUUUCACACUACUGUAGGUAGAGCCUUGUGUGCCAUGUGUGUGUCUCUGUAAAGUGUAUGUAUGAACUUUUUUUUGUCAGCUGUGUAUAUGAUAGAAUGUAUCUGAGAGUGUAUGUAUGUUGGUGUAUUGCCUGCAGUGAUUAGAUCAAUUCAAUUUCAUAAGCCACUGGCACUUAGCAGAAAUUUCACUGUUUGUCUUAAAUACAUACCUAGGUGGUCUGGUACGUCAGUAUCUUAUAUCGUUUGUUUGGACAGCAUUUCAUUUAUUUGUUACUUUUGUACACGACUGAAUGAUUUAUGAUGGUGGACAUGGUCUGUUUUGGUGCCCACUGGUUUGUUUAAUUUCUGCUUAUUUUAUGAGCACGCCUUGCAUAUUUUAUGAUUUGUUGUUAAUUUAAAACAUUUAUUGAAUAAUUUUAUGAACUGUUUAUUUAUGAUUCUUGUAUGCUGCACUGUCAAGAUUUAUUUCUGGAAUCUUCCUGUAGAUGUUCUUUUUAUUUUUUGCAAUAAGUGACCUGUCAGUGGAGAUAUUGCAACAAUUUUACAACUGUUAUAUGUGGACUGACCUGUUCCUUCAAUUGACAUUCCAAUCUUUCACUUUCAUAUAUUUGUCAUCUUAAUGUAUUUAUCAUCAUCUCUCUUGUCAUAUUGUCAUUGAUGUGGCGUUUAAGCAACACCAAAGACGUUUUGUGUAUCUCUUAUGAACUAUACCUUAUGUUUCCUUUUUUAUUUCCAAAUUACAAUACCACCUAAUUUGAUAAUGCGUCAGCAUCGUGAAUUAAUCACAAUUUAAAAAUUGAAGUGACACUAGCUUGCAAAACCAAUACCGAAAGUAAAUAAACUGCUCCAAAUGAGGAUCAUUUUAGAUUUUAAAAUUUAAGAGGUAUUCUCUAAAA